AUGUCAGAGCUAUCAUCAACGAAUACCCUGACGGGGGAGUCAGUUCCAACCUCGAUACAAGGAGGGCUACCGGUUGUCCAUCUCCAAGUCGGCGAAAGGCUCUUCAACACCCAUGCGCACACCCUCUGUAAGGAAAGCGCGUACUUCCGAUCUCUGGUGUCUGGUGAACAUCAGCAGCUGGCUGAUGGCACUAUUUUUGUCGAUGCGGACCCUGAUUUGUUUGCACAUGUACUCCGGUACCUUCGACAUGGCAUCUACCCCGUCUGCUUCAACCAGACCGGAGGCCACCAUCAUGCGAGAUAUAUGGGAAUCAAGCAGCUUGCAGAGCACUUCGAAAUUGAGAACCUGGCAAGGUGGCUCGCGAACAGGCAAUAUGAAUCUGCUAUCGAAUGCUCUCUGUCGCUUGAACGGGUGAGGCUAGGAGACAUGUCGACAUCACCAUCAUCAGCGGAGCGCAUCCACUGUGUCGGCACCCCGGAUGAUAACGGCUUGGUAUCCGUGCUCAAGCACAGUUACACAGCCCGGGAAGACGUCUUUCUCAGACAAAUCAGACAAGACAGGGACAGUCCUCAAAGAAUUGCCCUCUUGAGGCUCUUGCGGGCGCGCAAGGACCCAAGUCCCUGCAGUCUGUGAUCGGUCCGAGAUGCCAAAGGAGCGUGCCCUUAUUCUCUUGUGGAUGGCAUUCGGAUCGCAGGGUGAGGAGGAAGUUCUAGCAUUGAUGGCAGAUAUGCUAGUCGCUGCAGGCUGGUUAUCGCCUUUGCGCAGCUCUUGGCGUGGAUUCGUACAGAAGCGACCAGCGAACCGCAAACAAGCCGCCAGUAUCCUGGGAUAUCCAUGGAUGCUUUGCCUGUUGCGUAAUGCAAUAGAUAAUUAAUAAACUGC